AUGGCAUCAGUCUCGAAAGCGCCUCUGGUCUGGAUAGACUGCGAGAUGACCGGCCUGAACACCGACAGUGACUCGAUCAUGUCGCUGGCCGCAUUCGUCACUGAUGCAGACCUCAACAUAUUGGAUGACGCAGGUUAUGAGGCAGUCAUUCACCAUGACAAGGAACAGCUUGACCGCAUGGGGGAAUGGUGUACCAGUCAUCACGGGGACUCUGGGCUAACGCAGGCCUGCAUCGAAUCUACCACUACCGCCGAGGAAGCUGCUGAGGGCCUGCUCAGCUACAUCAAGAAAUAUGUACCUGAGCGUCGCACGGCUCUUCUUUCGGGAAACUCUGUACAUGCCGACAAGGCUUUCCUCGUCAAAGAGCCCUACAAGGUUGUAAUCGACCACCUUCAUUACCGGAUUUUGGAUGUCAGCAGCAUCAAGGAAGCUGCGCGCAGAUGGGCCCCUAAAGAGACGCUGAAGAAGAUCCCGAGGAAGAAGAUGUUGCAUGAGGCACGACAAGAUAUCUUGGAGAGUAUUGAGGAAGCAAGAUACUAUCGUGAAGCAUUCUUCUUGAGGCCUCAAAGCGCAGCAGAAUCGCAAUAG